AUUUUGAAAUAAUAUUUAAUUGUUUUUUGAAUUAAAUGUUAAUUACAUUAUUUGACUGAAUAAUGAACUCAAUAAACAUAUCCAGUAAUUGGUUGUCCACUAAACCCAUCACUUCAUCACUUUAUGUCAGAUUUAAUGACAAUAAUUGUGAUGAAGACAACAAUGAAGAUAUUGAAACACUUUUAGAAAGUUAUGACAAUUGUAUUCAACUGUUGGCUAAAGACAUGGAUGAAUGCAAACUAUUUAUUAAAGCCAUUGAUGACAAUGAAGACAAUGACCGGUUAACCACAAGAAUUAGUUCGUUGUCGAUGUUAUGUUCAGCAAAAGUGAUUGAAGUUCACGACAACAAUACCAAUGAAUAUAUGGAAACUAUUUUUAAUAAAUUUAUUGAUGAAUUUGGUGGCUUAAAGAUGUUAAGAUGUGAUCAUAAUUUUAAAUUACCACAAAAACAUAUAUCGUUGACAUUCAAAAAUUUUGACGACUUAUGGGUCUAUGGAUUGGUUGUCAAUCUUUGCAAAGUGAAGGAAACUACUACACCAAUGAUGACAUCUAAUACUUGUCUUAAUGUGGUACCAAUAGCUACCAUGUUAUCCAUGUUUAGUAAUACAAUAAAACCAUCCAAUGAUUCAUUGAACACUGAUUUGAUCUCAAAACUCGUGAAACUCACAACCAAUGAUAAGAUUAGUGAUGAAAAAGACGUAAAAACUUGUAGUAUUUUAAAUAACGAUAAUAAUGGACAACCAAUCAUAACACCUGCUUCUGGAGAUAAUACAAGCGAUAAAAUAAUAAACAAUCAAAAGUGUUGUCUUUGUGAUUGUCAUAUGAAUUGUUUGACACAACAAAACUCGAGUCAUUUAUAUGAAUAUAUUGACCAAAAGUUUGCAAAUUUAGAUAAAUCUAUUGAUAACAAGUUUGCUUUACUUGAAAAUAAAAUGUUAACAGUUUUACAACUUUAUUUAAAUAAAUAA